ACAACCACGCUGUUUCGCCAGCCACGGGGAUGUCGUCAUUCUAUUGCGACCUCGACUACCACCCUCGCGUACCUGCGGAUUUCCUACGACCAUCGCGGUUGCGCCCAGACACUCGUUGCCCUGCGCUUGACGACUGGAUCGCCCACAUGGCGGCGAUUAUGAAGCGCGCACACGAGAGUUUAACCGACUCCCAGACUUGCAUGGCCGCACGAGCGAACCGAUCACGAAUGAAUCAUCCAUUCAAAGUCGGUGACGAUGUGCUCGUCGACGCACGUCACUUAAAGCUCGAAGCAGAUAUGCUUCGCAAGUUCAGGCAUCGUUUCUUCGGUCCAUGCUGCAUCCUUCAGGCCGUCGGCUCAGAUACUGCCUCUAGUCCGGUCAGCUUCCGUGUGAAGCUACCUGAUUACCUUCGACAGGCUCGCGUACACGAUUUUUACCACGUCUCCUUGCUGCGUCCUUAUCGCAGACCGUCCGAGCGCUUCGCUGGACGCCCUUAUGAGCGCCUUCCACCUAUCACGGUGGACGGUCACGAAGAGUUCGUUGUUUCCGACAUCGUAUCACGCCGAGUUACCGAYGAUACCCCUCCACGCAUCGAGUACCUUGUGCGUUGGAAGGGCUACCCUGAUGAGGAGGCUACUUGGGAGCCCCUCGAGCACUUGCAGCACGCCAGAAUAUUGGAGUACGUGCGUGUUGAGUCUGCGUUGGAGUUGCGCUGUCCCUUCCAGCUCCAUCUCCAUGUCCCCCAUCCUCAUCCCUUCGUCUUGAUCCUGACGGACCGCCAUCCCGGCGGGUCCGUCACAGGGCGUGAGUCGUUCUCCUCAUUGCUGGACGACGGUGUCGAUGAUCGGACCACGGAGCUUGUCGACUUGGAUUUUGGAUUGUCCAGCGGGACUGGUGCAAGUGGUCCGGCCAACGGCGGGGGCACGACUGUCGCACAAACGGCGGUGGGCAUGGUGGGAGCGCCGACGUUCGGAGGAAGAUCGUCCCGUGUCGGCGGGCCAACGGAUGGGUGUCGUCCACCGCCCUCCAGUUCCGUAGGUGCCGAGCCACCUGCCGAGUCGUCAAGGGUAGCGACACCCACCCGCCCUGCAUUAUCCUUGCCUGCAAUGCGGGAGAGGGCGACCGCAAGUGCUGCAUUCAAUGAUGCCACUCCGCCGGAAGAGAUCGGGAGGCAGACGUGGGAGAACUGCCGCCAACAUAUGCGGUGUGCUGGCACGGACAACAUCACCACUGGUGUGUCCAGGCUGCGUGUGGGGAGCGACGUGGAUGCGGACGACAGUCCCGGACCUCAACAGAGGGCCGCUUCGCGUGGUGGUCGAGGAUCGGCUCAUGUGGGAGACAAGGGCGGCAAGCACCAAGCUUGGAGUGUGGAGGAGAUGCUGAAGCUCUCUCGAGCGAAGCGAGAUCAGCAAGCUCAUUUUGAGGGAAUGCCGCACAACAACGGCCCCAUGCGCAGCAGGGAGUGGAAGCUACAGGACCUGCAGAAGCGGCUGGCGGAGGUGGGAGUGAACAGGACAACGGACGACAUCAGCAAGAAGUGGGAUAGCAUCUUCCAGCAGUACAAGAAGGUGCAGCAUUACAAGAACAUGUCCGGAGGGAAGAACUUUUUCAUAUUGACUCCUGCAAUGAGGACGGAGGAGGGGUUCAACUUCGGAAUGGAUGAGCGAGUGUACAAGGAGAUCGACAACAUGUCACAAAAUAACAAGACCAUCUACCCGGACAACGUGGCAGACACGAGCGCCCGCGGAGGAGUGACGCCUGUAAUGGAUGGUCAGCGGCAGCCGCCCAUUGGUGGAGAGUCCGCUCCCGGUGGAGAGGGGGGUGAUGGCGCCGACGAAGAUGGGGGUUCGGCGCGGGAGUCGGGGUUCAGUGCAGGGAGCACGGCGCUCCAGGGAAGAGGAAGAACAUGCGCCAGCAAACCUUCGACGCCAUCGUCGAAGAGCGGAGCGCAUCGGAUCGUCAGCGAAUCGCACCACGUGGACAGCAGUGGCCGACGGAACGCACUGGGUCGGGCGAAGCGGGUGCCGGCCAAACAGGAAGGGGGCACGUCCCGAAGUCGAAGAAGCUCCGUGCGGGAGACGGGUCGGAAGGCGAGACGGGAGAGGGCCGUGGGUUCUACAUCUACCAUCGCAUCCGUGUCGGAACACGACGAUAAAGGUCCGGUCACUGAGUCUCCACCGCGCCACGUGGAGGCCUUGAACACGACGAUCGUUGGCGCUUUGUCGAUGGCUGUCCUUCAUUCCGCGCAAGCACCGAGCGCCGAUGUCCAUGCCGCCGCCGCUGUCCAUGCCGCCGCCGCCACUACAGGAGAAAGGCGAAAAGAUCGGAGGGUGGAAGAGGAGGCGAGAAAACAGGAAAGGAGGGAGGAGAGUCCGCUUGGGGAGGACGAGGACGACCAGCCUCUGAGCACGAGGAAGAAAAGGUCCCGCAAGGAGGAGGAGUUGGAGGCGAAAUUGAAGCUUUGGGUGGACGGGAAAACCGCUCCGCAAGGCCUCAUCAUGCCGUCCCCCGAAGUCCCGCGCGUGUGGAUCGAAGAUGGAGCGCAGAGAGAGCCAGCUCUGCGACGGGCGAGACGAACGAAGAACGUGGCAAUGCGCGUCAUCCACAGCGGGAUAUUCAGGUCGUCUUCAAGGUACGAUGGUUUCGCCCGCGCGGAGUCGUACGUCGCCGUGGAUUACCCCACCGACUUGGCGAGAGCAGUCUGGCAGAGCUUGGAGUGGUCCAGGAUAGUGCCGCCCAGCGUGGUUGACCACACGGUCGCUUUGAAGAUGGACAUCCCGUUGUGGUUGGCCGGGGUGUAUAUCAAGGACAGGCCGGAGGACGAUGACAUGGCCGCGCACCAGGAGGCGACUGUGAUGCAUCUGGCGUCCUGCUUCCACAACGCGCUCCGGGCCGGGCAGUGGUGGGACGGCGGUAGAUUGUCCCACCACAGACUGAGCAGAAUUGGGGAUGCUUUCCGCCUGCUUCUCGCCGCGUGCAUAUGGAUCAUGCACAUGGGAGGUGACGAUGCGCGCUCCUACGACGAGGCGUCGUACUACACGCAACUAGUGGUGAAGCCAACUCUAGUGGCGUCCUGUUCAUUGUCCUUCAACUGGCGCCGCCAUGUGAUGCACUCGGCUAACGCACUGUUAAGUCGCCUACGGAAGCCACCGUUGACACUGGGUGCUUUCCCUGACUACGUCCUGGAGUGGGAUUCGUGCGGAGUGUGGUUCAACUACCACGCUGGCCUGGCGGACCCCGACGUCGUGGCGAGAAUGGAGUGGAUGCCAUUGGGAUGGGACCUUUUGAAGGCGAUCGAAAGGGGGACAGUCCACAAGACGAAAUAGGAGCGUGAAUAUCCUCGUUAUGGCCAUCUUGCGUGACAUGGAAGAAGGCAUCGCCCGUGGAGUGAAGAGGUCCAUCGUGAAGAUGUUGGUUUUCGAUGUGAUGAACACUAUGAUCACUAUAGCUCAAUACGAACAACUCUGCCUGCAAACCGAUGAACUGACCCAGUGAUCGGUUGAUCGGUUAGCCGACAGGCUUGUCCAAGCUACGGUUCAACGCUCCAGGUAGUCGGGCACAGGGGGUGGAGUGGGUUUCGGUGUGUUACUGAAAGCGCAGUGAAAAGUCCAAAAAAAUUGCAUGCGUACUUGGAGCCUGGUGAGGAGGCAACACAUCAAUGAAACGCGCACACAUCG